AUGGAAUUUUCAACCUCGGUGGGUGGAUCAAACAACACAUUAACCAAUUCAACCCAAGGAGAUAAAGAAUUGAGUGCGGGUGAAGUUGUUAUUCAAGAGCAAGAGGGGUCUAAGGGCGACGAAGUUUCCGAUGUCAUUGUGAUGAGCAAGGAUGAGUUGGAAUUGAGACACAAGAAAUUUUAUGCAAAUUAUGCAAAGAAAGUGGGGUUCGUAACUAAAGUCAGGAACAUGAACUUCGACAAGAUACAGAAGGAAUCAAAGAUACCCAUUAAUCAAUCUCUUUACUGCACACGAGAGGGUUAUCGGGAAUCUCGGGUUAAGGCAGUAACUCGGGCAAAUAGAAUAACAACCACGAGAUGCAAAGCAAGGAUGUAUGUCAUGCUGGACAAGGAAAAGGAAUGUUGGAUUGUGUCUAGGUUAGAAUUAAGGCAUUCUCACUCCUGUUCGACUAAGAAAGCUGUCCAUUAUCAUGAGUAUAGGGAGUUGACCAUACAUGCUAAGUGCGUCAUUACGGAUAACAACGAGGCUGGCAUAAGACCCAACAAGACGUAUCUAGCACUGGCAAACAAGGACAUCAAUCCCAACUUCUUUUAUGCCAUAGAUGUUGACGAUACUAAUAAAUUUAGAAGCGCACUCUGGGUAGAUGCAAGGUGCAGGGCUUCGUAUGAAUAUUACGGAGAUGUGGUGUCGUUAGACACCAAUUACAGAAUAAACAGGCAUGGUCUACCGUUUGCAUUCUUUGUCGGUGUAAACCACCAUGGGAAGUCUACUCUUCUUGGCUAUGCUUUACUUGGGAGUGAGAAAAUCCUUAGUUUUGAGUGGAUGUUCACACAGUGGGUGAGAUGCGUCGGGACUGCGCCAAGUGGGAUCAUCACUGAUCAGCGCAAGGCCAUGGCUGGUGCUAUUAAGAAGGUCCUACCCGAUACUGUCCACCGAUGGUGCAUCUGGCACAUAAUGAAUAAAUCACAAUUCAAGCUCGGGGGCUAUGCUAAGUACGAAGAAUUAAAUGCUCUGAUGAAUCACAUUGUGUGGAAUUCUCCUUCGUCUUACUCGUUUGAAGCUUAUUGGGCUGGUUUCAUCAAAGAAUUUAACCUAGGCCAGAACAGAUGGUUAGCAGGAGCAAAUAAGCUGGAAGAUGAUGCUACGAACUCGAAAGGAGUCAUCCAAUGUAUAGGGAGCACAGACAUUGAGAGACAGUUUCAGCAGGAAUACACUAGUAAUAUGUUCAGGGUCCUUCAGCUGGAGUUUGGUCAUGCUACAGAGUUGACACAGUACCGAGCUGCUAUGUUUUUCCUCGAUGGAUUCUAUAACGUUGCUCAAGAGUUUGUUGCUUGUGAUGAGGAAGCAGCCAUCUUGCGAGCUGCCCUUUGGGACGCAAAGUCCAAGUUGGCUGAUUAUUGUGCCAGCAUGUGUUCCACUACUUUUGCUGCAACUCAUAAUACCAUCCCCACACAGAGCACAUGUGGUGUUAUUGUACUUGACAUACAGGGGCCCUCAAGAGUUAAGACUAAAGGACGGUCGAAGAGUAAGAGACUUGGAGCAGAGUUGGACAAGUCAAUUAAGAAGUCGAUGCAAAAAAGGAAGAGAAAAUCGCAUUUGGAUGUUGUAGACAUUUAG